AUGUUGUUCGCAUUUGCGCUGCUGUCGCUCGUUUCCUUCUUGUCCCUCGGAUACGCCUACCAGGGCCUCAGCGACCAUACACUCAAGCACCUGCCGGGACCGGGCGAUGACUUCGACAUAAAGAAAGGCUCUUUGCUGGCGCCAAUCCUGGUACCCAGAGUCUCUGGAACCGAAGGCAAUGUCGCCGUACGCCAACAUUUCCUAGACUUCUUCAAGUCGCAAUUACCGGAAUGGAGGCUGGAAAUGCACAACUCGACGUCGACGACGCCCGUGAGCAAGGGCAAGGAGGUCCCUUUCGUGAACAUCAUUGCGACACGAGAUCCGCCGGGUAGCUCCGAGGGCGACGUCUCGAGAUUGGCUCUCGUGGCCCACUACGACAGCAAGUACACGCCGACUGGCUUCAUUGGGGCGACCGACAGCGCGGCCCCAUGCGCCAUGAUCCUGCAUAUAGCGCGCAGCAUCGAUGCGGCGCUGACGAAGAAGUGGGCGGCGGCCGACCCCGACGAUUUCGACGUGGAGCACAAGGGUGUGCAAAUACUCUUGCUGGACGGCGAGGAGGCGUUCAAGAGCUGGACUGACAGCGACAGUCUCUACGGCGCGCGAGCCCUCGCUGAAGACUGGGAGUCGACUUUCCACGUCGCAUCAUCGAUAUACCGCACCCCGCUCGAUUCGAUCGACCUAUUCCUGCUACUUGACCUUCUGGGCUCCAAGGGUCCAAAGGUCCCCUCAUACUUCAAGACGACACAUUGGGCAUAUAAGCACAUGGCGACUGCCGAGGCACGCUUGCGCAAGCUAGGCUUAAUGAAGUCGUCCCCAAACCACGAGCCGAAGAUGGCAAAGCGCGAGAACAAGAAGCCUCGCGACGAACGUCCGUUUCUGCCCGACGCGAACAAAGGGAAUGAUCAGUUUAUGGGCGGCUUCGUACAGGACGAUCACGUUCCGUUCAUGGCCCGCGGCGUCGAGAUUCUGCACAUGAUCCCUACGCCCUUCCCGCAUGUAUGGCACACGAUUGAAGACGACGGAGAGCACUUGGAUAUGGAUACAGUCGAAGACUGGACGAAGCUGGUCAUGGCAUUCACUGCAGAGUGGAUGGAGCUAGAGGGCUUUUUCGACUUCAAGGCAGAGAAGCGGAAGAUGGAUGGCGAGAAGUCGGAACUGUAA